GAAGCAAACGGUGAAGAAGACUCACUUCUAGCAUUUUGCUUCGAUUUCCCGAUAAUGCCCUUCUGUGUUAUAGUUUCCAUCUCCUAAGGAUAUCAGCUUCUGCAUCGAUAUUCCCGAUCCCACAUAUCUGGCGCGGGGCAAAUUUUCAUGCCGAAUCGAUUGGUGAUCUUGAAAAUCAACCCGCCUAACGCAUAAUUACCGGUUCCAGACCAGUUGGCAAGAUGGCUUCGUCGGAUUCCCAUCGUUUGGUUGUUUCAGGCUCCGUUGCGUUCUCGCAAUCUCGGUGUCGUGCCGUUGCUGGUAGUAUCAAGGCCCGAGCAGUGCGGGCGCAGUGGAUCCACUAUAUCGAUCUCGUAGAAAAUCUACAAGAGCAACAUCUUGCCGUCCUGGAGCAACUUCUACAUUACGGAGACAUAUCCGACGACCUCGCCGCCUUUGAAUCUCUGGAGGGCUCUCAUGUUACGUACUAUGUUUCUCCCCGCAUUGGAACAAUUUCACCGUGGAGCUCUCAGGCAACGGGAAUCGCACAUGUUUGCGGCCUGAAGCAAUAUGUGAAACGGAUAGAACGUGGCCUGAAAAUAUCCUGUGUUCUCGGCCAUGGGGAAGAGACCUUGGACUCGGAACUUCUCAAUCUGCUACAUGAUCGAAUGACCCAAAUAAUAAGCACAGAGGAGCCAGAUCUGCAUGCAAUGUUUUCCGAGCAUCAACCUAAGCCACUUGAAGUCGUAUCCCUUGAGGAUGGAGAAAAAACUCCGGCCCAAAUUUUGGCGGAAGCGAACAAACGCCUUGGUUUAGCUCUUGAUGAGUCUGAAAUCGAUUAUCUCGUUGACGCAUAUUCUCCUGGCGGAGCCGUCUCAAGGUCGCCUACCGACGUCGAAUUGUUUAUGUUUGCCCAAGUGAACUCGGAACACUGUCGCCACAAGCAAUUCAACGCGAAAUGGAUUAUCGAUGGCAAGGAGAAGCCCAACUCCCUGUUUAGUAUGAUCAGAAAUACCCACAAACAGCAUCCUGAUUACACCAUCAGCGCAUACAGCGACAAUGCUGCUGUUCUCCAGGGAGAAGAAGCAAGUUAUUGGGCCCCAAAUCCUUUAACAGGCGAAUGGUCUCAAACCAAGGAACUCGUUCACUUCCUCGCCAAGGUCGAAACUCAUAACCAUCCUACUGCAGUAUCCCCGUUCCCUGGUGCGGCCACGGGGUCAGGUGGGGAGAUUCGUGACGAAGGAUCAGUUGGUCAGGGUUCCAGGCCUAAGGCAGGCCUAGCAGGGUUUUGUGUUUCUGAUCUAUUAAUACCAGGCAACAGACAGCCCUGGGAGCUAGAUGUUGGGAAACCCGGUCACAUCGCUAGCAGCUUUGACAUCAUGAUGGAAGCCCCAAUUGGAAGCGCUGCAUUCAAUAACGAAUUCGGUCGACCUUGCACCGCGGGCUAUUUCCGAACUUUGCUCACAAAAGUCGAUCUGGACAACGGCGAGGCCGAAAUCAGAGGCUACCAUAAGCCGAUUAUGAUUGCUGGAGGUGUAGGAACUGUUCGCCCUCAGCACGCUCUCAAGAAUCCUAGAGCGGUAAAACCUGGCUCGUACUUGGUCGUUCUGGGUGGCCCAGCUAUGUUGAUCGGGUUGGGCGGGGGCGCUGCUUCAAGUAUCACUUCUGGAGAGGGUUCUGCAGACUUGGAUUUUGCCAGCGUUCAAAGAGGAAACGCAGAGGUCCAAAGAAGGGCCCAGGAGGUUAUCAACUCUUGUGUUUCAAUGGGAGAUGACAACCCAAUUAAGUUUAUUCAUGAUGUAGGCGCUGGUGGCUUGUCCAACGCUUUGCCCGAACUUAUCCACGAUGCCGGCUUGGGCGCUACCUUCGAACUACGUGAAAUCGACAAUGCGGACAAGGGAAUGAGCCCGAUGCAAAUUUGGUGCUGCGAGGCUCAAGAGCGAUACGUAAUGGCCGUCUCUGAGGAAGGAAUGUUAAAAUUUAUAGCAAUCGCAAAGCGAGAGCGGUGCGGUUAUUCGGUCGUUGGACGUGGCCUUGGCCAACCCGAAGAAGACAGGAGGCUUAUUCUCCUUGAUCGAGAUUCGAAAGUCUACCCCAAACCAAUCGAUCUUCCUCUUUCAGUCCUAUUUGGCAAGCCUCCAAAGCUAACAAGGACUGUAUCUUCAAGAAAACUAAAAUUACCUGCUUUUGAUAGCAGCCUCCAGCCUUACUUACCCGCAAUUUCUGAUAAGGAAUUGAUAGGCGAAGCCGUAUCAAGAGUUCUACAACUCCCUGCUGUGGGUUCAAAAUCCUUCCUUAUCACCAUCGGAGACAGGACUGUGGGCGGGUUGACUGCGAGAGAUCAAAUGGUAGGCCCCUGGCAAGUUCCCGUAUCUGACGUGUCAGUCACCGCUACCUCUCUCCAUACCGGGAUGAAAACGGGUGAAGCUAUGGCCAUGGGGGAGAAACCCACACUCGCACUCAUUUCCGCAGCAGCAUCUGCAAGAAUGGCCGUGGCGGAGUCGCUUAUGAAUAUUGCAGCUGCAGAUAUUCCCGGUCGUUUGAGUCGAGUGACACUCUCUGCAAAUUGGAUGUCGGCAGCAAAUCACCCUGGAGAAGGUGCUGCCUUGUACGAAGCGGUCGAGGCAAUUGGAAUAGACUUGUGUCCGAAACUUGGUAUCAGCAUUCCCGUUGGAAAGGAUUCAAUGUCCAUGAAGAUGAAGUGGAACGAUCAGAGCACCGGCGAAGCUAAAGAAGUAACUGCUCCUCUGUCGCUCGUUAUCUCAGCAUUCGCACCCGUAUCUGAUAUUCGUAAGACAUGGACACCGGCCCUACGAAGUUUUGAAGAGGUGGGAGAAACUGUGCUCAUAUUCGUUGACCUUUCUGGGCGCAAAUGUCUCGGAGGCUCAGCGCUAGCUCAAGUCUUCAAUCAAGUGGGCAAUGAAAGCCCGGAUGUCCACGACGUGCAACUUUUCAAGGAUUUCUUUGACGCUACUCAGCAGCUCCAGGAAGCUGGUGUUGUUCUGGCGUACCAUGAUCGUUCAGAUGGCGGUUUGUUUACGACACUGGCGGAGAUGAUGUUUGCCGGUAGAUGCGGAGUCCAAAUUAUGCUUGAUGACAUCUGCUCCAGCCCCAACGUUAAAGAUGUUAUGGAGACAUUAUUUAACGAGGAAUUGGGUGCCGUAUUCCAAGUCCGAAAGAAGGACGAGGGUGUCUUCCGCAGCUGCUUUGCGACUUGCGGUCCUCCACCUGGACUACUCUUCAGGAUCGGACGUGUCGCAGAAAAGUCUAAGCAGAACAUGGCCAUUUACUAUGGAGCCACCCUAAUCUACCGCAAUUCUCGCGCAAACCUACAGCAGACAUGGUCCAAUACCUCGUACCAAAUGCAGAAACUUCGCGAUAAUCCUGCCGCGGCCGAACAGGAAUACGAGAACAUCCUUGACGACAAUAAUGCCGGUUUAUCGUACAAUCUAACAUUCGAUCCAAAAGACCCUGCAAUGCCGCUUCUAAGCAGUCUUAGUGCUAGAUUCUCACCAUUUGCAGCUAAGCCUAAGGUUGCUAUUCUUCGCGAACAAGGAGUGAACAGCCAAGCCGAAAUGGCCUUUGCCUUCAACAUUGCUGGAUUUUCUGCUGUCGAUGUGCACAUGACUGACAUCAUCUCCGGAAAGGUUUCUCUUUCCUCCUUCGUCGGCAUUGCAGCCUGCGGUGGAUUUUCCUACGGUGACGUCCUCGGUGCCGGCCAAGGAUGGGCUAAGUCAGUUCUCCUUCAUAAUGACACAAGGCGAGAAUUCAAAUCAUUCUUCGAGCGACCUGAUACGUUCACCCUUGGGGUUUGUAAUGGAUGUCAAUUCCUCAGCCGCCUUAAGGACCUGAUCCCAGGCGCCAGAGACUGGCCUAGCUUCGAGCGCAAUGAAAGUGAACAAUAUGAAGGCCGGGUGUGUAUGGUGCGCAUUUUCGACUCAGAUCAAUCGUCGCCAAGCGUCUUCUUACAUGGAAUGAACGGAACCUCCCUCCCGAUCGCCGUUGCUCAUGGAGAGGGACGCGCUUCGUUCGCAAAUACACCUGGGGUGGCCGCAGAGGACAUUGUCAAGCAUAACCUCGCGCCCAUCCGAUAUGUCGAUAACACUACCUUGAAACCAACAAUGAGGUACCCGUUCAAUCCAAACGGAAGCCCUGAGGGUAUUGCUGGUGUGAGGAGUAUGGAUGGUAGGGUCCUUGCUUUGAUGCCUCAUCCAGAAAGAACUAUUAUGAAUGGUGUGGGAAGUUGGUUCCCUGGAGACAAUGCUAUGUCCGCGGAAUGGGGAGAUAUUGGCCCAUGGGGAAGAAUUUUCUACAGCGCGAGAAGAUGGGUGGGUUAAGACCUGUUGAUUUUUGGUGAACAUGUUUUAUUUUGGUUUAAUGUGCCUCGUCUGCCAUCUUAUUUUCAUAUUUUCAAUAUUUUUUGAAUGGACCUAUUGGAGGCUAAAGUCAGAAAAUAAAGAGUUUUGGUUGCAUAUAGGGGCAGGUGUAGGCAAUCUCAAAAGGUUGCACAAAAGUUAGGGAUGGCUUGAUGCUAAAUAGCAUAUGCGCAAUAUUUAUUCCAUUUUCAU